GAAAUUGUUUCCCGUUUCCUUCAAGAGCAGGAAAAAAAAAUUUCACACCCAAAUUUCUUCUUCUUCCUCCCUCCAUCCAUAACUUUUUCUCUUAAAAUCAACCCAUAAACUCACCCAAGUAUUAGCUAAACUCCAAUUUCAAUAAAAACACUAAUCUAAAACUCAUUUCUCACUUGCAAGAGCUAGUGAUUGCUUUCAAUUGUGUGUGCCUAUGGUCCGUGUUCGAAGCAAGGCGCAGGGAAAGUAAGAGGUUGAAAACAGACGGUGGCAGGUGAAAAAUCUCAACUUCUGGGAUAAGUUUACAACAUCGAGUUGAUUAAUAGUGAAAGUGUUCUGGCAAAGAUCUCCAUUUCCAAGACAUGUAAGAGCUCUACACAGGAGGGAAAGCUGGGUGGGUUGAUUUGCGUGCUUGAUGAAGAAGUUCUUAGUGAAUGACAGAUUGUUUUACAUUUAGAACUUUGACUUCUAUUUCUCUUCUGGGAUGAUUCAGUAAUGUGAUAAUUCUAUUUUUGACCCAGUUUUAAUGUGAUAAUUGUAAUUUGAACAUAAUUGAGUAGGUGCAGUGCUGAAUAAAUGCUCCAUUAGUUGUUUUUUAGUUGGUAGAUUUUUGAUCUCUAGCUAAUUAAUUGCAGAACAAAAGCUGUAGCUAUAUAUUGAGCUAAUCAAAUAAUAAAUAAAGAAUCUCAACCACUAUAAUCGUUACUGAGUUAAGCCUGAUUUAAAGGAGGAAAACACCAAAAAGAAGAAGAAGAAGAAGAAGAAGAAGAAGAAGAAGAAACCAACUUCCAAAAAUGGCUUCUUCUUCCAAGAGAGACAUGUUCGAGGCGGACAGGCCACAUUUUUUCAAAAUAAUUCUUGAUGAAACCAUUCAUGAUAAGAAGCUUGGUAUUCCAAGGAGGUUUGUAAGAAAGUAUGGAAAAGAUCUGUCAAGUCCUGCAUUCCUUCAAGUGCCUAGUGGUAGAAUAUGGAAAGUGGAACUCAACAAAUGUGAUGGUGAGAUUUGGUUGCAAAAUGGUUGGCAAGAAUUUAUGGAGUAUUACUCCCUAGCAUAUGGAUCCUUCUUAGUUUUUGAAUAUAAUAAGAGAAAUUGCCACUUCAACGUAAUCAUAUUUGACAAGACUGCAUCCGAGAUAUAUUAUCCCAUCAGUGUUACUAAUGGAGAUGAUAGGGAGCCUAAUAAUCUCCAGGAAGAAAUCCAAGAGCCAAUGAUUAUUCACGAAACUGAAAAUGAUGCAUCUAUUGAAAUCUUGGACGACUUGCCAUGCCGAAAAAGAAGAGAGAAAUUACCAUUGUCAUCCCCCUUGCCUCAAAAGAUGAUGAAGGUUGAGAAUUCUCCAGGAAACACAGGAAAGAGAGUCUACGGAGACAUUUCUGGUCAGAAACAAACACCAGAUAGGAUUGUUGUAAGGAAAGAACGAUUGAGAGCUAAGGAAAAAACUGAAGCUCUUCGCAGAGCUAGCACUAACUUCAAAUCUAAAGAUCCAUUUUUCCUGAUUGUAAUGCAGCCAUCAUAUGUUCAUCCAGGAUUAAAAAUGAGUAUACCAGCAAGCUUUGCCCAGAAAUAUUUCCCUGCGAAGCAUAGUGGUGAUGCCAUGCUGAAUGGUUUGGAUGGGAGAACUUGGCCUGUUAAAUUUUAUAUAUAUAAUAAAGCAAACUAUGGACACGCAGUGGCAAAAAUUACUCAGGGUUGGAAGGUCUUUGCAAAAGACAAUCACUUGGAAGUUGGGGAUGUUUGUGCCUUUGAACUGAUUAUGAUUAAGGGAUUUAAAGCUACAUUUAAAGUUAACAUUUUUCGACACAACGAAGGUAAUGAGCUGAAAUUGAAAGAUGAAGAAAGUAAUUCUCCUGGAGCUAUUGAAGCUGCCAAAAGUUUCACCUCAGUGCAUCCAUUUUUCAAAGUGGUUAUUUCACCCAGCCAUAUGAAGAAUUACAACAUGCAUGUACCACAGAAGUUUAUCAGCAACAUCAAGCAGAGCGCAGAGAUACUAAAGUUGCAGGUUGAAAAUAGAUGGUGGCCUGUAAAGCUGAAUUUAUAUCCACAGCUUGGCAAAGGUACUUUUACUUCUGGAUGGAGUGCUUUUGUAAGGGAAAAUUCAGUGAAAGUGGGAGAUGUUUGCAUCUUUGAGCUGAUUAACAGUAAGACUUUGCAGGUAAAAGUCACCAUUUUCAGAAAUGUCAAGUAACUUCUUGUUCCCAUUGCUAUAUAUGCUGGAAAGGUUCAGGAGAGUUUUUUUGUAUUGUGAAAUUAGACUUAUUUUAGUCUUCUAUUGGAAGGUUUAGUGGCAGUAAGCUAGAAACUCAGUAGGUGGUUGUGCUUUCUGAACUCCUGUAGUUAAUUAAGCAUGUUUUACUCCAGUGUUCAUGACAGUGUGCCAUUGAAAUUCCUGGAAAGCUUGGAUUUGACGCUGAUCAUAUACAUAUGAUUAAUGACUAAAAGGUUGAUUGAA